AUGGAGACCGUAGUGGUGAUUGUGGGAGCUGGACCGGCCGGUUUAGCAACAUCGGUUUGUCUAAACCAACACUCAAUCCCAAACGUGAUCCUCGAGAAAGAAGACAUCUAUGCAUCCCUUUGGAAGAAACGAGCGUACGAUCGUCUCAAACUUCACUUAGCCAAAGAAUUUUGCCAGCUUCCUUUCAUGCCACACGGUCGUGAGGUUCCAACCUUUAUGUCCAAAGAGCUUUUCGUCAACUACCUUGACGCUUACGUUGCCCGUUUCGACAUCAACCCUAGGUACAACCGUACCGUGAAGUCCUCAACGUUCGAUGAGUCCAAUAACAAGUGGAGGGUCGUGGCCGAAAACACGGUAACCGGAGAAACCGAGGUGUAUUGGUCGGAGUUUCUGGUGGUUGCGACCGGGGAGAACGGAGAUGGGAAUAUUCCGAUGGUGGAGGGGAUUGACACUUUUGGGGGAGAGAUUAUGCACUCGAGUGAGUACAAGUCCGGUCGUGAUUUUAAAGAUAAAAAUGUUCUUGUGGUCGGAGGUGGAAAUUCCGGUAUGGAGAUUAGUUUUGAUCUUUGCAACUUCGGAGCUAAUACGACCAUUCUAAUUAGAACUCCAAGACACGUGGUGACUAAAGAAGUGAUACACUUGGGGAUGACACUUCUGAAGUAUGCUCCAGUGGCGAUGGUCGACACAUUGGUGACGACUAUGGCAAAAAUUUUGUACGGAGAUCUCUCCAAGUACGGACUCUUCCGACCAAAACAAGGUCCUUUCGCCACCAAACUCUUUACCGGAAAAGCUCCUGUCAUUGAUGUUGGAACUGUCGAGAAGAUUCGCGAUGGCGAGAUUCAGGUUAUCAAUGGUGGGAUUGGAAGCAUCAACGGGAAGACCUUGACGUUCGAAAACGGACAUAAACAAGAUUUCGAUGCGAUUGUGUUUGCUACUGGUUACAAAAGCUCCGUUUGCAAUUGGUUAGAGGACUAUGAAUACGUGAUGAAGAAGGAUGGAUUCCCCAAAGCACCGAUGCCAAAACAUUGGAAAGGAGAGAAGAAUCUUUACUGUGCCGGAUUUUCAAGAAAAGGAAUCGCCGGAGGUGCUGAGGAUGCUAUGUCUGUAGCCGACGACAUCAGAUCUAUCUUGGCUACCUUAAAAAAUAAUUGAAGCUGUAUUCAUUAACCUGCAAGAUAUUAAGACUUAAUAAUAAAAUGAAAGAGAGAAAAAAAUAGUAAGAGGUAAGAAUAUCUAUAUAUCUACUCUAGUGCGCC